AUGCAUGGACUCAUCCUUUUCUGUACCCUCGUCGCAAUAGGAGCUCACUCGACUGCUUUCGUGAAGGUCAAAGGCAGGGAUGAGUUCGAUGCAGCAAUGGAGAGCAGCCGUUUCGUGCUUGCUCUCUUCUCUUCGAAAUGGUGCGGUAGGAUCUGUCAUAUGGCGGCACGGGCGAUACAACGAGCCGCUAAGCAGUUACCGUCUGAUCUUGCCCCCAUCUAUCACCAAUCUGGAGUUGACGAUCUGGACGCCCUUGAUGAGCCCGACGAUGCCUUGGUUCUGUUGAAGGUCGACGGAGGUCAGCGAGUAAAUGAGGAGGUCCUCAUACGAGAAGGCGUCCAUGAUUAUCCCGCUAUUCAUUUCUACAUCCGUGGUUACAAGCAUGUGUAG